AAUCUGAAACGAUGAAGACACCCUUAAGAAUCGCGAUCCUUCAAUGCGACACGCCGCCGCCGGAUGUCAUUGCAGAGUAUGGCAAAUACGACCGUAUCUUCACGACACUGCUCGAAACGGCUGCCGGGGGAGUAGGCCUAUCUCCGAAGCAAGAUCUUGAGUUGAGCGCUUUUGAUGUUGUCACAGCACAGGAGUAUCCUGAUCUGGAAAACAUAGACGCUGUUCUCAUCUCUGGCUCAAAACACAACUCGUUCGACAACGAGGCAUGGAUCUUAAAGCUUGUCGACUUCACGAAGAAACUCUUGAACCAGGAUCGGAUCCGAAUCAUCGGCGUCUGCUUCGGACACCAGAUUCUUGGAAGAGCUGCAGGCGUCAAAGUAGGACGGAGUGACGACGGCUGGGAGAUUUCAGUUCUACCCGUUCAGCUCACCGCAAAGGGGAAAGAGAUCUUCCAGCAAGAUAGCCUUGCCAUCCACCAAAUGCACAAGGACAUUGUGUUCGAGUAUCCUGAAGGUGUCGAGAAGCUCGGCGGCUCUCCACGCUGUCUCGUUCAAGGCAUGUACAAGAAAGGCAGACUCAUCUCUGUGCAAGGGCAUCCGGAGUUCAACCAAGGCAUCGUGACGCAUCUGGUCAAGAUGAGGCAGCAGCAGGGCAUCUUCGAGGAUGAGCAGGCGCGGGAUGCGCUGGAACGAGUUGGGAGGCCUCAUGAUGGCGUAACUAUCGCGAAAGCAUUUCUAAGAUUUCUGCUUGAGGAUUGAGGGUUGGCACUAGACAUGGCGUGGAGAUGGUGUGUUUCUACGGUAUACCCAUCUCUGUUCAUUCAUUGCAUGUAUGUCAGCUAUCCUGUGUGGUAGACGUGUGAUACUUUGUGGUAGGAUGCGAUAUAGAAACUCGCCAAGGUGUCAUUUUUGAUUGGAAAU